ACUUGAUGAAUUCUGACCAAAGGUCAAAUCAGCCAGCAGUUUCCAAGCUCUGCUUCAUUGCAUGUGAUCUCUAUGGAGCCCUGCUUCAACUCGGAGAGGAUGCUGACCUGGGAGGCUGACUCCUGAUUAACCUGAGGACUACAUCUCCCAGCAGGCUGUGCUCUGACAGCUCUUGGAUUUAAACAGGAUUCUGGGCUGUGCCGAGAGCCAGGCUGUUGCUGAGCACCCAGGAGCAAGAGGAGCGAGAAGCAGCUAAGAGUUGGAGCCAGACCAGGAGCCCAGGCCAUAGUUGAGGCUGAAGGUGGAGAAACAGCAAAAGCAGCAGGACCGAAAGAGGUUGAAAACAUGCUGGUUACCUUGGGAUUGUUCACCUCCUUCAUUUCUUUCUUGUACGUGAUAGCUCCAUCCAUCAGGAAGUUCUUUGCUGGCGGAGUUUGUAGAACAAACGUGCAGCUUCCAGGGAAGGUCGUUGUGAUCACCGGCGCCAACACAGGCAUUGGCAAAGAGACGGCCAGGGAGCUCGCUCGCAGAGGAGCCCGGGUAUAUAUUGCCUGCCGAGAUGUACUGAAGGGGGAGUCUGCAGCUAGUGAAAUCCGAGCGGAUACUAAGAAUUCCCAGGUACUGGUUCGGAAACUGGACCUAUCUGACACCAAAUCCAUCCGAGCCUUUGCUGAGGACUUUCUGGCAGAAGAAAAGCAGCUCCAUAUUCUGAUCAACAAUGCGGGAGUGAUGAUGUGUCCAUAUUCCAAGACAGCUGAUGGAUUUGAAACCCACCUGGGAGUCAACCACUUGGGUCACUUUCUUCUCACCUACCUGCUCCUGGACAGGCUGAAGGAAUCUGCUCCUGCACGGGUGGUGAACCUGUCAUCAGUGGUUCACCACAUUGGCAAGAUUCGCUUCCAUGACCUCCAAAGUGAGAAGCACUACAGCAGGGGGUUUGCCUAUUGCCACAGCAAGCUGGCCAAUGUGCUUUUUACCCGUGAAUUGGCCAAGAGGCUUCAAGGCACGGGAGUCACCACCUAUGCAGUGCACCCAGGUGUUGUCCGCUCUGAGCUGGUCCGGCACUCCUACCUGCUGUGCCUGCUCUGGCGGAUCUUCUCCCCCUUUGUGAAGUCAGCACGGGACGGGGCACAGACCAGCCUUCACUGCGCCCUGGCUGAGGGUCUGGAGCCCUUGAGCGGAAAGUACUUCAGUGACUGCAAGAGAGCCUGGGUGUCUCCAAGGGCCCGAAAUAACAAAACAGCCGAGCGCCUGUGGAACGUCAGCUGUGAUCUUCUAGGAAUUCAGUGGGAGUAGCUGGUGGAAGAGGCAUAGCAUUAUCAGGCCCGAUCCAUACCAUAGUGAAAGGGGACCAAGGAGAAGGCCAAGUCUGAGGACUGUCCUCCUGGCUGACUGCUGCUGCAAAUCCUGCCUGCCCUGAUUCUCCUGAUCAAACUGGAAUCCUUUGCACACCCAAUCCUUCUGUGAGGCUGACUCAGCUUGGAGACAUUGACAGAUACAGAGAAUUCUUCUCUAAGACUUGGAGAGUUGGCCAACUGCUGGGGGCAGGAGGACUGGGCAGAUCCCCGGCUGGGCGUGGGGUAGCAGGCAGAGGAGCCUGGGAUAUUGGGUCAGUUUUGUCACCAGCAUCAGAAACACCAGCCUGUAUGCUCAGCUGAGGUGACAGGAGCAUCAGCAUUAUGUAUUUCCAAGAACUGUAGACUCAAAUUCUAGAUUGACCUCUUUUCCUACUUCAAGUACUAGGCACAACCCUGGAGUCUGGAUCAAUUCAGGAAGGUGUUGCUAAUUUUGGCUGAAUUUGAUUCCUUCCUCUGAACACCCUGGAGCCACUGUAUGAAGAUGGACCUUCCCAUCAUGCAGAUUUUUCCCCCCUAAGGAGUUCCCUUUACUUCAAUUUUUAGAGAAAUAAAGACUGUGCAUUCAUCCUAAUGCCUUAUUUAUUUUCUUAGGGAAGCAAAGGAGAAAUGGUGCCAAGAGGGGAAGCCAAUCUACCAGUGAACAAUAUCCUACCCAUCCACUAUAACCUUCUUAGAAUAUUGCAUCUGGGUGCAAAAUAAGAUGGACCAACUGUGUGUUUGCUAA